AUGCUCGCACGGUCGCACCAGGUCGCACUCCGAGCAGCGCAGUCUUCCACACGCACCCUCGCACGCACCGCCGUCGCCAGCCUCUCCCAGCGCGCCUUCACCGCGGGCACCGCCUCGCUCUCGCCUUUGCCCCGUCGCUUGACUCCGCUUCGCUCCUCUCCUUCACCCUCUCGCUCGCUCGCUACCAUGGCUGAACAGAACCAGGGCGCAAAGCUCAUCGAUGGAAACGCAAUCGCAGCUUCCUUGCGGCAAGGAAUCGCGGCUCGCAUCGCAGAGACGCGCGCACGUUUCCCGCGCUUCGAGCCAACUCUCGUCAUCGUCCAGCAAGGCGCGCGCCCCGACUCGUCCACCUAUGUCAAGAUGAAGCUCAAGGCUGCUGCCGAGGCGGGCAUCAAGUGCACGCUCGUUCAGCUUGGUGGACCCGAGGAUGGCGUUGGGGAGAACGAGGUCAUGGCGGAGGUCGAGCGGUUGAACGCGGAUGACAACGUCCACGGCAUCAUCGUCCAGCUUCCCCUGAGCGACGAGAUUGGUCGUGACGGCGAGCGCAGGAUCACCGAGGCCGUCUCGCCGGAGAAAGACGUCGACGGUUUCCACGCCUACAACAUCGGUCUCCUCUCGUCCCGCGCGUCCGAGCCGCUCUUCGCCCCGUGCACCCCGGCAGGCGUCAUGCUCCUCCUCGAGUCAACCGGCAUCGAGAUCAGCGGCAAGAACGCCGUCGUCCUCGGCCGCAGCGACAUUGUCGGCUCACCUGUCUGCGCCCUCUUGCGCCGCAAGGACGCGACCGUCACUCAGUGCCACUCGCGCACCAAGAACCUCGCCGACAUAGUCCGCCAGGCCGACAUCGUCGUCGCGGCUAUCGGACAGGCCCGUUUCGUCCAGGGCGACUGGAUCAAGCCCGGCGCGGUCGUGAUCGACGUCGGAACCAACUACAUCGCCGACUCGACCCGCAAGUCGGGCUCGCGCCUUGUCGGCGACGUCGACUUUGACUCGGCUCGCCAGGUCGCGAGCUACAUCACGCCGGUGCCCGGAGGAGUCGGACCGAUGACUGUCGCAAUGCUCAUGGAGAACACGGUGCUCUCCGCCCAGCGUCUCCUCGAAAAGUCGCAACAGCGCCUCGUCAAGCCUCUCAAGCUCGUCUGCAAGGAGAAGGUCCCAAGCGACAUUGAGAUCGCCAAGAGCCAGGUCCCCAAGCCCAUCGACGUCCUCGCCGCCGAGAUCGGCAUCCCCGCCAAGGACCUUGAGCUCUACGGCCGCAACAAGGCCAAGGUCAAGCUCGAGGUGCUCGACUCGCUCCGCCACCGCAAGGACGGCAAGUACAUCGUCGUCGCGGGUAUCACGCCCACCCCUCUCGGCGAGGGCAAGUCGACGACGACGAUCGGUCUUGCGCAAGCGCUCGGCGCGCACCUUGGAAAGGCGGCGUACGCUUGCGUUCGUCAGCCUUCGCAGGGCCCGACAUUCGGCAUUAAGGGUGGUGCUGCGGGUGGUGGAUACAGUCAGGUCAUCCCGAUGGACGAGUUCAACCUGCACUUGACCGGCGACAUCCACGCUACCACCGCCGCCAACAACCUCCUCGCUGCCGCUAUCUCUGCGCGUUACUUCCACGAGUCGACGCAAUCGGACAAGGCGCUGUUCAGCCGUCUCUGCCCGCCCAAGAAGGGCGUCCGCUCGUUCUCGCCUGUCAUGAUCAAGCGCCUCGAGAAGCUCGGCAUCGACAAGCGCAACCCGGAUGACCUCACCGAGGAGGAGCGCUCGGCCUUUGUCCGCCUCGACAUCGACCCUGAGAAGAUCUCGUGGCACCGCGUCCUCGACACCAACGACCGCUACCUCCGCAAGGUCAUGACCGGUCUUGGUCCCGCCGAGCAGGGCAAGACGCUCGAGACGGGCUUCGACAUUGCCGUCGCGUCUGAGUGCAUGGCCGUCCUCGCGCUCGCCACCUCGCUCGGCGACAUGCGCGACCGCCUCGGCCGCAUGGUCGUCGCCGAGUCCAAGUCGGGCGUCCCAAUCACCUGCGACGACAUUGGCGCCACCAAUUCGCUCGCCAUCCUCAUGAAGGACGCGAUCAAGCCCAACAUCAUGCAGACGCUCGAGGGAACGCCCGUCUUCGUCCACGCCGGCCCGUUCGCCAACAUCGCUCACGGCAACUCGUCUAUCCUCGCCGACAAAAUCGCGCUCAAGCUGGCGGGUAUCGAAGAGGGUGAGGAGGAGGACAAGAAUGGCUACGUGAUCACCGAGGCUGGCUUCGGUGCCGACAUUGGCAUGGAGAAGUUCGUCAACAUCAAGUGCAGGGCGUCGGGCCUCAUCCCGAACGCCGUCGUCCUCGUCGCGACGAUCCGCGCGCUCAAGAUGCACGGCGGCGGACCCGAAGUCACGCCCGGCAAGCCUCUCCCCGAGGUCUACCUCAACGAGGACCUCGAAAUCCUCAAAUCCGGCUGCGCCAACCUCGCUCGCCAUAUCGAGAACGCCAAGAAGGUCGGCGUCAAGGUUAUCGUCGCCGUCAACCGCUUCACGAGCGACACGCCCGCCGAGAUCAAGCUCGUCCAGGAGCAGGCUCUCGCUGCUGGUGCCGACGCCGCCGUACCGUGCAACCACUGGGCCGAGGGUGGAAAGGGCGCGAUCGAGCUCGGCGAGGCCGUCAUCCAGGCUUGCAAGGAGCCCAACCCGUUCAAGUUCCUCUACGACGUCAACCUCCCGAUCAAGGACAAGAUCGAGAUCAUCGCCAAGGAGUUCUACGGCGCCGCCGCUGUCGAGUACUCGGAGCUCGCCGAGUCGCAGAUUAAGUCGUUCGAGGAGACCGGCUACGGCAAGCUGCCAAUCUGCAUGGCCAAGACGCACCUGUCAUUCUCGGCGGACCCGAAGCUCAAGGGCGCACCCUCCGGCUUCACCAUCCCCAUCCGCGAGGCUCGCCUCAGUGCCGGCUCCGGCUUCAUCUACCCCCUCGUUGGCGAGAUGAGCACCAUGCCCGGCCUCGCCACGCGCCCGAUCUUCUUCGACCACCGGCUGUUGGAUGAUGGGGAGAUUAUUGGUCUCUCCUAG